CACAGGAAGAAGACUACUGUGGAUGUGUUUGAACGUUGUCACUCGGGAAAGUUAACUUGUUGCAGUAAUGGACACGAACAUGGGGAAACCCACGACUACCGUGUUGUAUAGAAACAACUUGUGGUAGUAGGAAGAACCGUCUUUGUUCAAGAUAUCUAACGUUAGCCACUACAUAGAUAGGGAGGCACUCAACAUUUGCAAGGAUUACGGGCAACCCUCUUUAUUUGGGACGGCAACAUUAACUAACUAAGAGGGACGGUAUAGUUGUCUUUGGUGCAACAACAAAGAGUGGUCAAGAGUGGCUCCUAUAAGUUUUCCUUCCGCUGUUUGGGGUACUUUAAAUUUCCCUCCUUUUUCCAUCACAGGCGGGGUUCGGGUUAUUGGCUAGCUAGCCACUCGCUAAUAGUAACUAGUCCGAAAGCAGUAACUUUAGGCGAGUACAGACCGGCAGCAGGGUCUACUCAGAUCUUUUUUUUUUCGUCGGAAAGGACAACUUUUCAUAACUUGGUAGCGAGGCGUCAGUUUUUUUUGUGUGUAAAAAUACGUUUAUCACCGGGUGUGUUCGUGAGUUUAUUUUUGUUCUCCCUUUGAGGAAAUUGUCUAAAUCACAAUGGAUCCUAAUGCGGGGAAUUCUGCCUCUGCUGCUGCUCCCAAGAGCAAGAAGGACAAAAAAGAAAAGAGAACUUAUGAAGAUGGAGACGGGAAAAAGAAAUUUAAUAUCAAACGGCUGUUUCCUGAGGAGUUGGAGCGUUUCACCAGUAUGAGGAUGAAGAAAGACAAGGAGAAGCCUCAUGCGCCUGCACAGCGCCACUCCAGCGCUGCCCACUACGAGGUGCCUGCCCAGGAGGCCAUGCUGCACGACCACCCUGACGAAUACGUUCUGGAACUCUUUGAACAGAUGCUGGUGGAUAUGAACCUGAAUGACGAGAAGCAGCGGCCUCUGCGGGCGAAAGACAUCUCCAUCAAACGAGAGAUGGUUUCCCAGUACCUCCACACAUCCAAAGCUGGUCAGAGCCAGAAGGAGUGUUCCAGGUCAGCCGUGAUGUACAUCCAGGAGCUGAGGAUGGAGCCCAGAGACACACAGCUCCUGGGCUGUCUGGAGUCUCUCCGUGUCUCCCUCAACAACAACCCUGUCAGCUGGGUGCAGAACUUUGGAGACGAGGGCCUGGCUCUGCUGCUCAACAUCAUGAGGAAGAUCCAGGAGGAGAAGGAUGAGUACCCGAAUAUGGGUGUGAAGUGUCAACACGAGAUUGUGCGCUGUCUCAAAGCCUUCAUGAACAACAAGUAUGGUCUGAAGGCCAUGUUGACGUCUGCCGAGGGCAUCCCUCUGCUGGUCCGAGCCAUCAACCCCCGGGUCCCUCACAUGAUGGUGGAUGUGGUCAAACUGCUCUCGGCCAUCUGCAUCCUGGAACACCCUGACAACCUUCAUGAGCGUGUUCUGGAGGCCAUCACUGAGGAGGCAGAGAAGCAGGACAUUGAGAGGUUUCAGCCACUCCUCUCUGGUAUGAACAAGCCCAACAUCGGCCUGAAGAAUGGCUGUAUGCAACUCAUCAACGCUCUCAUCAGUCGAGGAGAAGAGCUGGACUACAGGAUCCACAUCCGCUCAGAACUGCUGAGACUGGGCCUACGAGACCUGCUGACGGAGAUUCGGACCAUAGAGAAUGAAGAGCUGAGGGUGCAGCUCAGUGUUUUUGACGACCAGGCUGAGGAUGAUUCUGAAGAACUCCAGGCCCGCCUCAAUGACGUGCGCGUUGAGAUGGAUGACGUGAUGGAGGUGUUCCAGAUCGUGAUGAACACCGUCAAAGACUCCAAGGCUGAAACACACUUACUGUCUCUGAUGCAGCACUUGCUGCUGAUCCGCAACGACUACAUGGUCAGGCCCCAGUACUACAAGCUGAUAGAUGAGUGUAUUGCUCAGAUCGUGUUGCACAGGAACGGAGCUGACCCUGACUUCAAGUGCCGCAAUCUCAGCCUAGACGUCGAGGGGUUAAUUGACAACAUGGUGGACAAGACCAAGGUGGAGUCCAGUCAGGCCAAGGCCAUAGAGUUGGAGAAGAAGCUGGAUGCAGAGCUGACAGCACGCCAUGAGCUGCAGGUAGAGCUGAAGAAAAUGGAAGGAGACUAUGAGCACAGAGUCCAUGAGCUGGCUGCUGAAAAGGAGACUCUGGGAUCUGAGAAGCAGGAGAGGGAGACAGAGAACCAGGGCCUAAUGGAGCAGAUCAACACGCUCAAUGAAGAGAUAGAGAAGCUCAAUAAGGAUCUGAAGGAGGCCAAGGCUAGAGUGGUCAUCGUCCAUGUCCCAAGUGGUCCUGCUCCUCCUCUACCAGGCCAAGCAGGCCUCCCUCCUCCCCUCCUGGGACAAACUGGCAUGCCCCUUCCCCCUCCACCCCUACCCGGCCAAGCAGGCCUCUCUCCUCCCCUCCUGGGUAUGCCCAGUCCCCCACCUCCCCCGCCAUUACCAGGUAUACCCGGUCCCCCGCCGCCCCCUCCUCUCCCUGGGAUGGCCGGUAUGCCCCCGCCGCCCCCUCUCCCUGGGAUGGCCGGUAUGCCCCCGCCGCCGCCCCCUCUCCCUGGGAUGGCCGGCAUGCCCCCGCCGCCCCCUCCUCUCCCUGGGAUGCCGGCCUGCCCCUGGGAUGGCCGGCCUGCCCCCCCGCCCCCUCCUCUCCCUGGGAUGGCCGGUAUGCCCCCGCCGCCCCCUCCUCUCCCCGGGAUGGCCGGUAUGCCCCCUCCUCUCCCUGGGAUGGCCGGUAUGCCCCCGCCGCCCCCUCCUCCACCAGGGAUGGCCGGUAUGCCCCCGCCACCACCUGGAAUGGGGGGCUGGGGCGCCUCUGUGCCACCCCCUCUGCCCUUCGGCCUGGCACCCAAGAAGGAGUACAAGCCUGAGGUGCAGCUGAAGAGAGCCAACUGGAGCAAGAUUGGAUAUGAGGAUCUAUCUGAAAACAGUUUCUGGACUAAGACCAAAGAGGAUCGCUAUGAGAACAACGAGCUCUUCGCCAAACUCACCUUGGCCUUCUCCUCUCAGACCAAGACCUCCAAAGUUAAGAAGGACCAGGAGGGAGUGGAGGAGAAGAAGAUGACUAAGAAGGUGAAGGAGCUGAAGGUGUUGGACUCCAAGUCCUCCCAGAACCUCUCCAUCUUCCUGGGCUCGUUCCGUAUGCCCUACGAGGAGAUUAAGAACGUCAUCCUGGAGAUCAACGAGAAGCUGCUUUCUGAGUCCAUGGUGCAGAAUCUGAUCAAGCAGUUGCCAGAACAGGAGACGCUGAAUGUUCUGGGGGAGAUGAAGGAUGAUGAAGACCUUUUGUUUGAGAACUCAAAUGCUGUUAUGUCGACAGUGAAGCGUCUGAAGCCCCGGCUGACGGCCAUCUUGUUCCGGCUGCAGUUUGAAGAGCAGCUGAACAACAUCAAGCCGGAUGUGGUGUCCGUGACGGCGGCCUGCGAGGAACUGAAGAAGAGCACCACUUUCUCCCAGCUGCUGCAGAUCAUCCUGCUGGUGGGCAACUACAUGAACGCUGGUUCCCGCAACGCCAAGGCCUUUGGAUUCAGCAUCAGCUACCUCUGCAAGCUGCGGGACACCAAGACAACUGACCUGAAGCAGACUCUCCUGCACUUCCUGGCUGACGUGUGUCAGGAGCAGUACCCCGACGUCCUGACGUUCCCUGACGAACUCGUUCACGUAGAGAAGGCUAGCCGAGUGUCGGCUGAGACCCUGCAGAAGAACCUGGUGCAGAUGGGCUGUGCGUUGAAGACUCUGGACAAAGAUCUGGAGACCUUCCCUCCUCCACAGAGUGAUAGGGACAUGUUUGUGGAGAAAAUGACUAGCUUUGUGGCCAGUGCUAAAGAGCAACAUGAGAAGUUGGACAUGAUGCAUAAGAACAUGGAGAAGCAGUACUCCGACCUGGGGAACUACUUUGUGUUCGACCCUCGCAAGAUUUCUGUCGAAGAGUUCUUCGGUGACCUCAACAACUUCAAGAACAUGUUCCAGCAAGCGGUGAAGGAGAAUGCGAAGAGGAGGGAGUCAGAGGAGAAGAUCAGGAGAGCCAAGCUGGCCAAGGAGAAGGCUGACAGAGAGAAGGAGGAGAAACAGAAGAGAAGCCAACAACUGGACCUCAACGCAGAGGGUGAUGAGACUGGUAUCAUGGACGACCUGAUGGAGGCGCUGCAGUCUGGGGCUGCCUUCAGGAGGAAGAGAGGACCACGACAAGCUGCCAACCGGAGAGCUGGUCAUGCAGUGACGAACAUCUUGGCCAAAGAGUUGAUGCAGGAGGACACCACACCCCGCUUCAGCAAACCACCCAAUAAGAAGACCAAGAUGGCGCAGAUGGAGGAGCCUAGCAUAGAGGGGGCGGGGUCACUAGAGGACCUCUUAGAGGACAGUCUAUCACGGUCCAAUUAAAGGAGAUGGGUGGAAGUUUGCCCUUAGCCACAGAUCUAGGAUAAGCUCGUCUUACUCAUAUCCUAAUCUUAACCAUAGAGAAAUAUAGAAACUGUUCUUCAAUCAGUGUCUAAGGGCAACUUCAUCCCCUGCCAGUUGAAGGAGGAGUCUGUGCCCAUUGUCCUCAUGGGACCACCGGAUUGGACAUGCUGGGACUGAAGGAGCCAAUGGGUGAGGGCGGGGCUCUCACCAUGACACAGUCCCAGGGUUUUCCACGCUGAGGGACGACUCUUGCUUUGCCAUAUAAACAUAUCCCUGUUCAAGCAUCAGCAUCUGCACACAUUCUCUCACACACACAUCUACUGCACUCUGUCUAUAUUUCUCUCACACACACACACACAAUCUAUCGGUCUACUUUCCUCUGUCUGAAGUGCAUUGUGAGAAUCCAAAGACUCUUUCUCAGGAGGAGAGGUCCUACAUUUUCCCCGGGGGAUGGUGGGGAUGUCCUGCUGUAUGGAAGCCCUGGGUGGUUUUUGGAACACUUCUUUUCCCACGUGGUUUGAUUUAAAGCCUAUUCAAUGUUGCUCUUUAAUUGUCAAAUAUACUGUAUGCUAAUGUUGUGCUGUAUACUGUAUGUUUAUAAAAGAAACAGGUGCCAACCAAUACAAUUCCAAGCUUCACAUUUCAGCUGUCGUGUUGUCCAAUAGGGUUAGGGUGGACCAAACAAAAACCUUCUACCUUAAAGUGUGUGUCUGUCUCUCUUUCUGUGUGUCUGUCUGUCUGUUUGUCUCUGUCUGUGUCUCUCCCUCUCGCUCUCUCUCUGUGUUUCUUGUGGCUUUUCUCGUGGCCUUUCUGGUGGGCUUUCUCAUGGGCUUUCUCAUGGGCUUUCUCAUGGGCUUUCUUAUGGGCUUUCUUGUGGCCUUUCUCAUGGGCUUUCUCAUGGGCUUUCUCUCGUGGCCUUUCUCAUGGGCUAUCUCAUGGGCUUUCUCAUGUAAGUUGCUUUGGAUAAAAGCACCUGCUAAAUGGCAUAUUAUACAUUAUUAUUAAAAGCGAAGUGUGUGUGUGUGUGUGUGUGUGUGUGUGUGUGUGUGUGUGUGUGUGUGUGUGUG